UACCACGUUUUGCAGCCAGGUAUAAAGUCCGAGUUGUCAGUCCCCCUGCACACACGGCGUUGUGUGCUGCUGAGUUGGAGUCAGCUGCAAUGCAAGUCGAAGUCCUGUCUGUCCUGCUUUGCCUUGUGGCCACCACGUAUGCAGGAUGCCCGCUAGGAUUUCAUCAACACAGAAGAUCCUGCUACUGGUUCUCAACCAUUAAAAGUUCGUUUGCAGAGGCGGCAGGCUACUGUCGAUACUUGGAGAGCCACCUUGCCACAAUAUCAAACAGAGAUGAAGAUUCGUACAUCAGGGGAUAUGCUACCCGUCGCGGUAAAGCUAUCAAUUACUGGCUUGGUGCCUCUGAUCUGAACUUAGAGGGGAGAUGGCUGUGGGAAGGACAAUGCCGCAUGAAGUACACAAACUGGUCUCCAAGACAACCUGAUAAUUGGAGAGGUAACGAACACUGUCUUGAGAUAAAACGGAGGUACGGAAACUAUCUCUGGAAUGAUAAUCAAUGUCAAGAACCAUCAAACUUUAUUUGUGAAAAGGAACUGUAAGAUGUUUGUUUUCCCCAUAUCACACACCAACAGAUUGCAUGUAAUCCUGCAACAGAAGGUGAAAUAAGGUCUUCAGCAUGUU